GCCUGCGCACUGCUUAUUUCCCGCUGUCAGGAUGAGGAGGCGGAGGUCGGCGCUCGGGUCCGUCUCUGCCCGCGGCUGUGGCGGCGCCGGCGGCUCCGGCCUUAGCGGUUCCUCCCUGGGUGGCGGCGGCGGCGGCUCGGUCGACGCCUCCUCCGCCAGCUGAGCCCGCGGGAUCCCGGGACGCCGGCCGCCCGCCCGCCGCGCUCCGCCAGGCCGCCGCCCGGUCAUGGCGCAGCCGGGCCCGGCUCCUCAGCCCGACGUUUCUCUUCAGCAACGGGUAGCAGAAUUGGAAAAAAUUAAUGCAGAAUUUUUACGUGCACAGCAGCAGCUUGAGCAAGAAUUUAAUCAAAAGAGAGCAAAAUUUAAAGAGUUAUAUUUGGCUAAAGAGGAGGACCUGAAGAGGCAGAAUGCGGUGUUGCAGGCGGCGCAGGACGACCUGGGGCAGCUGCGGACGCAGCUGUGGGAAGCCCAGGCAGAGGUGGAGAACAUCAAGGCCAUCGCCACGGUCUCCGAGAACACCAAGCAGGAAGCCAUCGAUGAAGUGAAGAGACAGUGGAGAGAAGAGGUUGCCUCGCUUCAGGCUGUGAUGAAAGAGACCGUGCGCGACAUCGAGCACCAGUUCCACGUGCGGCUGGAGCAGGAGCGCGGCCAGUGGGCACAGUACCGUGAGUCCGCCGAGCGCGAGAUCGCUGAGCUGCGGCGGCGGCUGUCCGAGGGCCAGGAGGAGGAGAACCUGGAAAACGAAAUGAAAAAGGCUCAAGAGGAUGCUGAAAAGCUUCGGUCUGUGGUGAUGCCCAUGGAGAAGGAGAUCGCGGCUCUGAAGGACAAACUGACAGAGGCGGAAGACAAGGUUAAAGAGCUGGAAGCCUCCAAGGUUAAGGAGCUGAAUCAUUAUCUGGAAGCUGAGAAAUCUUGUAGGACUGACCUGGAGAUGUACGUGGCUGUUCUGAACACCCAGAAAUCCGUCCUGCAGGAGGACGCGGAGAAGCUGCGGAAGGAAUUGCAUGAGGUGUGUCAUCUCUUGGAGCAAGAGCGACAGCAGCACAACCAGCUGAAACACACGUGGCAGAAGGCCAACGACCAGUUUCUGGAGUCGCAGCGUCUGCUCAUGCGGGACAUGCAGCGCAUGGAGGCCGUGCUCACCGCAGAGCAGCUGCGGCAGGUGGAGGAGCUGAAGAAGCGAGACCAGGAGGAAGAUGAGCAGCAGAGAUUUCACAAGCGGAAGGACCCCGGCAGAGCGGACGCGGAGGAGGAGGGGAGAGCCCCGGCGGCGUGUGCUUUCCCGCAUGAGGAGCCUGCGGCCCAGCUGUCAAACGAGGAGGAACACCUGGACAGCGCCCAUGGCUCUGCGCACUCGCUGGACGCGGACUUGCUGUUGCCGUCUGCAGACCCAUUCGGCAAGUCGGACGCAGACAUGUUUAAGGACGGACUCAGGAGGGCGCAGUCUACGGACAGCCUGGGGACCUCCGGCUCGCUGCAGUGCAGAGCGCUGGGCUACAACUGCAAAGCAAAAUCUGCCGGCAACCUGGAUGAGUCAGACUUCGGGCCGCUGGUGGGAGCAGACUCGGCGCCCGAGAACUUCGACACGGCAUCCCUUGGGUCGCUGCAGAUGCCGAGUGGGUUCAUGUUGACCAAAGAUCAGGAGAGAGCCAUCAAGGCCAUGACGCCCGAGCAAGAGGAGACCGCGUCUCUCCUCUCCAGCGUCACCCAGGGUGUGGAAAGUGCUUAUGUGUCCCCCAGUGGUUACCGCCUGGUCAGCGAGACCGAAUGGAAUCUCCUGCAGAAAGAGGUUCAUAACGCAGGGAACAAACUCGGUCGACGCUGCGACAUGUGCUCCAACUACGAGAAGCAGCUACAGGGCAUUCAGAUUCAGGAGGCAGAGACCAGAGACCAGGUGAAGAAGCUGCAGGCCAUGCUGAGGCAGGCGCACGAGCAGCUGGAGACCACGGCGCGGGAGCGGCAGCAGCUGGAGGCCGCCCUGAGUCGCAGCGCCCACGACGCCGGCCACCAGAUCUCCGCACUUGUCCUGAGAGCCCAGGCAUCCGAGAGCUUACUUGAAGAGUUACAGCAGGGCUUUUCCCAGGCAAAAAGGGAUGUUCAGGAGCAGAUGGCAGUGCUGCUGCGGUCGCGAGAGCAGGUGGCGGACGAGCUGGCCAGGCUGCAGAAGGACAACGACAGUCUGCAGGGGAAGCACAGCCUGCAUGCGUCACUGCAGCAGGCGGAAGACUCCGUGCUCCCGGACACUCUGGAGGCGCUGCGGGAGCUGGUCCUCAAAUACCGGGAGAGCAUUGUGCACUUGCGGACGGCGGCGGAGCACACGGAGGAGAAGCUGAAGGCCGAGAUCCUGUUCCUCAAAGAGCAGAUCCAGGCAGAGCAGUGUUUGAAGGAGAACCUUGAGGAGACCCUGCAGCUGGAGAUCGAAAACUGCAAGGAGGAGCUGGCUUCCGUGUCUAGCCUAAAAGCUGAACUAGAAAGAAUAAAAGUGGAAAAGGCACAGCUGGAGGCUACCCUGAGGGACAAGUCGCAGCAGCUCGAGGGCCUCCAGGAGCUGAAGGUGACUUUGGAAGAGCAGUUAAAGAAGGAGACGGCGGCUAAGACGGCGGCGGAGCAGCUCGUGUUCGAGGAGAAGAACAAGGCGCAGCGACUGCAGACUGAGCUGGACGUCAGCGAGCAGGUGCAGAGGGACUUCGUGAAGCUCUCGCAGACCCUGCAGGUGCAGCUGGAGCGGAUCCGGCAGGCGGGCUCCCUGGAGCGGAUCCGGGCCAUCCUCAAUGACACCAAGCUCACCGACAUCAACCAGCUCCCCGAGACAUGACGUGCGCGGCAGACGCUGGCCCGCACCCUGGGAUUUUACCUCCUCUUUAGAGCAACGUUAAUUUUAUUUAACUCUUAACUGAAGAAGUCAUGAGGAAGGAGCCUGCAGCCACGCUUGCUUCUGGUGGGAGACGAUGCUGCGGUGCAGGAGCAGCGACUGGCCGGGGGAUGUGCGCGGAAGGACUUCCCGUGGGGACAGAUGGACACCCUGGACUCCGGGGGGCUGGGGUCCGCUCGGUGGCGGAGGAAGUGCUGCUUUCUCCAACGUUCUCCUGCCUUGAAAGUAACAUCCCGAUCGUGUUUGGAAUUACGUUUUCUGUCCUAGACCCGGGAGGAGCGCGCCGGUCACCGUGUUCAGCUCCGGAGGGGUGUCGUGUGCCGGACGAGUAUUUUAUAUUAAAAUAUGCAGCUGGAGAGCAGGCUGGCGGCUGGGGACUGCACUGCUCAGCUCAGUGUGUUUCUUUUUACCGUCCUGUCUCGUGUCGGAGGGCAUUCAGCGCGACUGAGACCUGCCUGAGAGCCACGGGACGGUGGGGACACCACCGACGCGGGCGCUGACUUGACUGUGAGACCCGAGGGUGGUGGGGAUGCCUGCACCGGAAUCCGAGGUUUACGGAGAAGCACAAGAGGCCGUGGAAGCACUUCCUGCCCCCGGACGCUCUCUGCGGGCCCACAGGUACCAGGGUUAAGCCGAACGGGCACGUCUGCUCUUCCGAAAACUGUUUUAGUUUAGUUAUUGGAUCAGUGGAAAAAUAAUAUUAAUAAAACAAGCUCUGACAUCUAGUA